AGCAGCCCUGCUGGGGCGUCCUAGAGUGCGGCGGAGCCCCCCGACAUCGGGAGCCCCGGGCGGGGGCGCGACGCCAGGGUGGGGGGGUUAAAUGGAUCGCCAUUCCAGUUACAUCUUCAUCUGGCUGCAAAUCGAGCUGUGCGCCAUGGCCAUCCUACUCACCAAAGGUGAAAUCCGAUGCUACUGUGAUGCAGCCCACUGUGUCGCAACUGGCUAUAUGUGUAAAUCAGAGCUGAAUGCCUGCUUCUCCAGACUUCUUGACCCCCAGAACACGAAUUCCCCACUUACUCAUGGCUGCCUGGACUCUAUUGCAAGCACAGCAGACAUCUGCCAAGCCAAACAGGCACAAAACCACUCCGGCACCGCUGUGCCCACAUUGGAAUGUUGUCAUGAAGAUAUGUGCAAUUACAGAGGCCUGCAAGAUGUUCUUUCUGCUCCCAAGGGUGAGACCUCAGGCCAGGGAAGCAGAUAUCAGCAUGACAGCAGCCGAAAUCUCAUCACCAAGGUCCAGGAGCUGACCUCUUCCAAGGAAUUGUGGUUCAGAGCAGCUGUCAUUGCCGUGCCCAUAGCUGGUGGGCUGAUCUUAGUGUUGCUUAUUAUGUUAGCCCUGAGGAUGCUCCGCAGUGAAAACAAGAGACUUCAGGACCAGCGGCAGCAGAUGAUUUCCCGUUUGCACUAUAGUUUUCAUGGACACCAUUCCAAAAAGGGACAGGUGGCGAAGUUAGACUUGGAGUGCAUGGUGCCAGUCAGUGGGCAUGAGAACUGCUGCAUGAGCUGUGAUAAAAUGAGACAAACAGACCUCAGCAACGAGAAAAUCCUCUCACUGGUUCAUUGGGGAAUGUACAGUGGGCAUGGAAAGCUGGAAUUUGUAUGACCAAGUUUUACCUGAGUUAAACUUAAUGGGGAAAAAAAAACAGAAACCAAAACUCUUGAAGGCCUUUGGG